AUGACCACCGCCGUCGAGCAACCGCCACACGUCCUGGUGUUUCCCUAUCCAGCCCAAGGCCACACCCUCCCUCUACUAGACCUAACAGAUCAACUCUGUCUCCAUAGCCUCACAAUCACUAUCUUGACUACCCCCAAAAACCUCCCUACCCUCUCUCCUCUCCUCUCCACUCACCCACAAAUCCACACCUUAGUCCUUCCCUUGCCAUCUCACCCUUUAAUCCCUGCAGGUAUUGAAAAUGUCAAGGAGCUUGGUAACGCUGGAAACUUACCCAUUAUUGCAGCAUCUACCAAGCUCUUUGACCCCAUUCUCCAGUGGUUCAAGUCCCACAGCAACCCUCCUGUUGCUAUCAUCUCUGAUUUAUUUCUUGGCUGGACCCAACACCUGGCCCAACACUUAAACAUACCCAGAUUUGCUUUUUAUCCAUCUGGGGCUUUUUUGGCUGGUGUUUUAAAUUAUUGCUGGGAUCAUCUGGAGAUUGUAAAGAGUUCGGACGUUGUUGAUUUUGUUGAUUUGCCUGGAUCACCGUCUUUUACAGAGGAGCAUCUGCCUUCCCUGUUCCGUAGGUACAGGGAAUCCGAUCCAGACUGUCUGCUUGUCAAGGAUAGCUUGACUGCAAAUAAGUUGAGUUACGGGUUCAUUUUUAAUAGUUUUGAGGCAUUGGAGGGUGAGUAUUUGAGUUUUUUGAAGAGAGAAUUUGGGGACGAGAGAGUUUAUGCGGCUGGCCCAGUUAGUUUGUUGGGUCCGGAUAGAGCAGUUCGGGGAGACCCGGAGAUGGGUUCUUCUGGUAACGUGUUUGAGUGGCUCGAUGGUUGUCCCGAUGGGUCAGUGCUUUACGUUUGUUUCGGGAGUCAAAAGCUGUUGAACAAGAAACAAAUGGAGGCACUAGCUAAUGGGCUUGAAAAGAGCAUGGCCCGUUUCCUUUGGGUCGUGAAAGCGGGCACGACCCGACAAGUUGAAGACGGGUACGGGGUGUUACCCGAUGGGUUCGAGGAGCGUGUGGCGGGUCGGGGUCUGGUGAUAAGAGAGUGGGCCCCACAGGUGAAGAUACUGAGUCACAGAGCUGUAGUCACUGUGGGUGGAACUCGAUUGCUGGAAGGGAUAGUAGCUGGCGUCAUGAUAUUGACCUGGCCCAUGGAAGCUGACCAGUUCAUUAAUGCUCGACUGUUGGUGGAGGAAUUGGGAGUGGGAGUGAGGGCCUGUGAAGGGACAAACACAGUGCCUGACUCGGACAAGUUGGCAAAAGUGAUAGGUGAGUCGACGAGUGAAAAGGGUGUGGACGUCAAAAUGAAGGCCAAAGAGUUGAAAAAGAAGGCGCUGGAGGCCGUGAGAGAGGGUGGGAGCUCCUCGAAUGACUUAGACAGGCUAAUCAAGGAAUUAUUCAAACUAAAAGUCCACUGA